AUGAAGUGCAUUGCUCUGCUGCUGCUGGUGGGCGUGGCUGGCGCCGCCGCCCAGGGCACCACCAAGCAGACCCUCAUCGAGGCUGUCAAGAACAACCCCAAGCUGUCCAUGCUUGCUAGCUCCAUUGAGUCGUCCCCCGAAAUCGUGGAGGCUCUGGGUGACUUCAGCGGCACGGUGUUUGCCCCCAACGACGACGCGUUCAAGGCUGCCCUGGCCGCCGCCACCGAGCUCGGCAUCGCCUCCACCGUGAUGGAGAAGCUGCCCUACAUCCUGUUCCCCAUCUCAUGGUACCUGCUGUACCACCUGCAGCGGUACCACCUGGUCCCCGGCACCCCCGUCUUCUCCGGCGACCUGGCGGACGGCGAGAAGCUGGUCACCGCCGACAACGGCAAGGAGCUGACGGUUGCGUUUGAGGACGGCAAGGCCAUCAUCAAGGCCAUUGGCUCCGAGGCCGGCAUCCUCACCCCCGACAUCAAGAUUGGCGACGACGUGGCCGUCCACAUCAUCGACACCGUGCUGCUGCCCAUGCUGCUGCCCACCGGCGCGCCCGCCCCCGUGCCCGCCCCCGAGGCCGCCCCCGGCCCCGUGCCUGCCCCCACCAACACCAUGCGCGCCAUUUACGACUCGGUGGUGGAUGCCGCCAAGGCGGAGGGCCUCGACAACCUGCUGGCCGCACUGGAGGCAAGCGCGGGCCGCCUCGCCGCUUCUGACCUGGCGGGCGCGUUCGGCCCCGAGUUCAACGGCACUGUGUUUGCGCCCACCAACGCCGCCCUGGAGACCUUCCUGGAUGAGGCCUCCAUCGACCUGGAUGCCAUGACCGAGGAGCAGCUGCAGGCGCUCACCGACAUCCUGACCUACCACGUCGUCCCCAGCGUGGCCGCCACCUCGGCCGACCUCACCAACAACCAGAUCCUGGAGACCCUCAACGGCGUGCCCAUCACGGUGCUGGUGCGCCCCAAGGGCGUGGUGAUUGAGGAUGCCGCGGGCAACAAGUACGACGUCACCGUCGCCAACAUCAUCGCUGGCGACGCCGUGGUGCACGUGAUUGACGGCGUGCUGGUCCCGGUGGCCUCCGCCCCGGCCCCCGCCCCGGUGCCCUCUGGCGCCGCCACCACCCUUGCCAGCAUUGCCGCCAUGGCCGCCAGCCUGGUGGCUGCUGCGCUGAUGAUUAUUAGCGAGCAGCGCCGUUAG